AUGAGCAUCGCCUACGACCCUUCCCGUAUGCAUAGCCCCGUUUCCACCCUGGCGCCAACAAGCGCUCCAAUGAUACCUGAGGCGGGCAUCGCCUACGACCCUUCCCGUAUGCAUGACAUCGUUAAAACCCCGGUGCCAACCAGCGCUCCAACGAUAUCUGAGGCUCCAUCCCCGUUUGGAGGCGCUGAUAUUCUGGUGGUUGGUGCGGAUGUUCCAAGUACCAAGAGCCCUUUCCCCCUUCCUUUGCUCAUGACCCUGCUGAUCCUGGGCGCUUUAUUGAUCGCGGCAGUCACAUUCUGGCUUUCUCACAAACAAGAAGUACUUGCAAAGAAGAUGGAAGAGCAAAAGAAGCAAAAGCUUGCAGAGAAAUACGGAGUGACGCUCGGGCCAGCCACACAAGAACAUGGCAAGCCUCUCGCGAAAGAUGGCGAUGUUGAUAUUGAGACCGCCUCGGCAACGGCCUCGGACAGAGAAGAGGAAGAGUACUUCAGCUUCACAACUCAAUACACAGUAAAACCUGGGUCAGUGGUUCCACCAGAGAUUCGGGAAGAGGAGAUGACAGAAACAGACUGUUGCGACUCGGUUUCUGAAAUCUCAGGGGACGACAGCAACGAUGAUCCACGCAGCGAACGCUGCAGUUCAGACGGUAACGGGACGACAAUUGCUUGUUCACGACCAGGCGAAUCGGACUACAUGGAUAUAUCUCUUUGA